AUGAAGCGACCGGCUGAGAAAGCCGAGAGCAAGGCCAAGCGCGCGAGGGCGGACCCGUACAAAUCCUACUGCGAGAAGGUACGGGAGGGCUUGGAGCUUUCCAAGGUUUCGCCCGCGGUGGUAAAGAUGCUGUCCUCCAUGACAGACAGCGCCCUGCUUACAAGCAAGGAUAAUCGUCACAAGUAUCAAGCGUCCGUGGUGCACAUGGUGACAGACAUCAUCCAGGGCAUCGGAGAGGAUUACGAGAAGUCCAUCGCAGAUAAGAAGUCGCAAAUCGCAAACUGCGACACCAUGCGUGCUGAGAGGGAUGCUGACGUGAAAGGCGCCAAAGAUGACCUCGAGGCUAAGAAGGCAGCGACCCAGGAAAAGAAGCUGGCACUCGCAGCAGAUGCGCAGGCCUUCAAAGCAGCCAAGGAGGGCGUCUCUAAGGCACAGGCCGCAGUUCGCGCUGCUGACAAAGACUUGGUGGACAAGCAGAAGGCAAAGGACCGAUCCUGGAACAUACAUGAAAAGCUGUGA